AUGCACGCGCGCUUCACUCUCACGCUCCUCUCGUGCUCCACAGAUCUUCAUUUCUCCACUGUGUCGAUGUGAGACGCGGAUGACAAAGUUGAACGAGCAGGUGUGCACGAAUCGGACCGUCCAUUUGCAGACGUUAUAACAAAGAAGAGGGGUUAUAUCGUGAGUCAUUUUGUGAUGGCUUUAUAAGUUUGUGUGUGAACAAUCUCUGGGAACAAUCGUGAGCAGAAUGCAUAGACACAUGACUAGAGAGUCCUUCCUCAUCCUCUUCCUCAUCAUCAGCCUGAUGUGGCCCAUACAUUCAGAGAUCUCCAACUGCGUCAUCAAACGGGAGGAGGAGAGAUGCAUGGAGCGAAUCAACCUGCACAACCCAAAAGAUGACGAAAAGUUUGAGUGUCCGUGGGAGUGGGAUAAUCUGACCUGCUGGCAGGCGGCCAGUGUCGGCGAGGUCGUGAAGGUCACCUGUCCCGAGCUCUUCGAGUUUAUGAGUCCAGAGGAGGGGCUCGGCAAGAUCAGCAGAAACUGUACAGAGUUCGGAUGGUCUGAACCGUAUCCGCACUAUGUUGAUGCCUGUAUGAUUGCUGAAAACACAACCAAACCUGACAUGUACUAUGCGUCUGUGAAGGCUCUCUAUACGGUGGGCUACAGCACAUCUCUGGUGUCUCUGACCGCAGCUAUGGUCAUUCUGUGCCGCUUCAGGAAGCUUCACUGCACCAGGAACUUCAUCCACAUGAACCUGUUUGUGUCCUUCAUCCUGAGAGCCAUCUCUGUGUUCAUUAAAGAUGGGGUCCUGUACGCAGAGGAGGACAGUGACCACUGCUUUGUUCAUACUGUGGGGUGCAAGGCGGUGAUGGUCUUUUUCCACUACUGUGUGAUGUCAAACUACUUCUGGCUCUUCAUCGAAGGUCUCUAUCUCUUCACUCUCCUGGUGGAAACCUUCUUUCCUGAGAGACGCUACUUCUACUGGUACACCAUCAUCGGCUGGGGAACGCCCACCAUUUGUGUGACCAUAUGGGCUGUUCUGCGCCUUCAUUUUGAUGAUUCAGGUUGCUGGGACAUGACUGAUAAUACUGCCCUCUGGUGGGUGAUCAAGGGACCUGUUGUGGCAUCAAUCAUGAUUAAUUUUGUCCUCUUCAUUGGAAUCAUCAUAAUCCUGGUGCAGAAGCUGCAGUCUCCAGACAUCGGCAGGAACGAGUCCAGCAUCUACCUCAGCUGUGCACAGAAAUGCUUCAGUGAGUCCACACAGGCCGUCCAGCAUUCGUGCAGGAUGUCAGAGCUUUCUACCAUCACGCUGCGUCUGGCGCGCUCCACCCUUCUCCUCAUCCCUCUGUUUGGAAUCCACUACACUGUGUUUGCUUUCUCCCCGGAGGAUUUCAGCAAGCGGGAGCGACUGGUCUUUGAGCUGGGCCUGGGCUCUUUCCAGGGGUUUGUGGUGGCCGUGCUCUACUGCUUUCUGAAUGGAGAGUUUCUGCCUAAAGGUGCAGUCGGAGAUAAAGAGGAAAUGGAGGAGUUGGACGGUGAACAGGUACUUUGCUGUGGACCUGAAGCAGCAGCGUCACCCUUCGCUAGCGAGCAGUGGGGUGAACGGGGGGACACAGCUGUCCAUCCUCAGCAAGAGCAGCUCACAGAUACGCAUGUCCAGCCCUCUGGCCGAGACGGUCAACCUCAACCUGCCCACCUGAGCGCCUGAUUGGCCUGUCCGUCCAUAAGCCCCGCCCUCUACCUCACCUUCUUCACCUGCAGUAGGGCCGACCAAUCACAAUUAGAGAAGAACUAGUGAUUAUUCAUGAAAUCUCUGGAUAGUAUUUAAAGAUUCCAAACAAGAUCUAGAACGUCUCACCCAUUAUCGGUUAGAAACGAUUUGUCCAGGGAAAAAUAUAUAGUGCCAAAACUGUUGACGAGCUUAAAAGUUGCUAUUCUGGUUAGGAACCAAAAGCAACUUUUUGAAGGCUUUCUAAUUAAUCUAAUGAGUAAACAACAAUACAAGCAUAAAAGAAUGUUAUUUGUAUUCAAUAAUAAUGCAGAACAGGGGCUGUAUGAUUCACACCGCAAUGCCAAAAUGAGACUGCGGUGAAAAUUUGAGUGAAUUUUCAUAUCGCAUUAUGAGCCAUAAAGAAUGUGAACAGUUGGUGGUUAGAGUGUAGUCAGAGAAACAUCAAUCCAUUCAUUUCUGUCAAACCAACAGCACAUUGCUUUCUAGUUUGUUAUCAGAGAGAGACGGGUUACAUUUCAGUGUUAUGAGAAAAUAUAAUAACAUAAAGUGCCAAAACAUGAAUAUUUAGGUAUUGUUUUAUCUGCAAGCUACUGUGUUUAUCAGAAGUAUAC